AAUUCAUGUUCGUAUUAUUUUGACAGCUAUUCUAACUCACUAUAUCAUUUGCAUUCAGAGGUGGUGGUUUGCAUUAUUAAAAUUUUUCUUCGUUCUAAGAAAGUGUAGCAACCUGUUGCAACCUUUUAUUGAUUGAAGAAUCGAGAAUGUGAGCACGCGCGGCAGGUGAACCACGUGGUUCACAUGCUUUGUUUGGCUUUGUUUGCUUUGUUAUUCGCGUGGUUAUUGCGUCGUACCAUCGGUUAGCCGGGACCUUUCUGGGACUUCACGCCCGUUUCAUCUUUCGUUCGAUAUUAUAAAAUCAUCCACGAAUACUGGCGAGUAAGUUUCCCCACUGGGGAAACUUCACUGUCGUGGUUUCGAACGCUCCAUCAACCGUCAACCUUCUCGCUAGUCGGCGAUCAGGAAUGGGCUAGCAUCGCUAUCGACGCCAUCGCUUGGGUCUCGUCCUCCUGUAGUUCUCGAAACGCUCUUUGUCAAAAUCUUUGUCUAACUUUUGAUCUCGCGACAAAGUGGAGAAAUGGCGUCAUCAUCUCAGGAGCAGUUCUCUGCUAGUCUGCCCGACACACAGAACGUGGAUACUCUGACACAAUCCCAGGGGGUGUCGAGCCAGCAACCGACGCUGUCUGUUUGGGGAAGAUUGUGUCCUCUUCAGGCAUUUCUGCAAAGCCUGGAUAUGAAAGACACUAGUUACACCUUGGGUCGUUCCCCAGACUGCGACAUUUGUUUGACUAUAAAGGAGUUGCACCCGAGAAAACUGGGUGUGAUCAGCAAGACGCACUUUCGCAUAUACAGGGAACGUAUUAACAGCGCCAAUGAGACUGUGGUAUAUCUGCAAGAUUUGAGUCAUAAUGGGACUUUUGUUGACGAUGACUUGGUUGGUCUGGGAAAACGUGUCAUCAUUGAAAAUAAUUCCAGGAUAGCUUUAGCCACGAAAGGCUUCAGAUGUUAUGUGUUUGUGAGCACAAAUGUUCACGAGAUUCCUUUGGAGUUGCCAUUGGAAUUAAAACAGAAAUAUGCAAUUGGCCGCAGACUAGGAGCUGGCGCGUGCGGCGAAGUGAGAUUGCUGUUUAAAAAGGAUGGUUCUCAAGCUUUUGCUCUCAAAAUUAUACAAAAGAAUAAUUUUAGUACAGGGACUGGAAACAUUUUCAAUAGCGUAGCGAAUGUCAGGAAUGAAGUUGAAAUAUUAAGGAAGUUGAAGCAUCCCUGUAUAAUUGAUUUGGUGGACAUUCAUGAUACAUCUGAAGCCAUGUACAUCAUUCUCGAGCUAAUGGAAGGUGGCGAGCUCUUUGAUAGAAUAAAAAAUAGAGGUAUAUUGCCUGAACCGUGUGCAAAAUUGAUAUUCUAUCAAGUUGUACUUGCCGUCAGUUAUCUUCACAAGGAAGGUAUUACACACAGAGACUUGAAGCCAGAGAAUAUAUUAUUAAAGGAUAAUUCGGACUAUCCUUUAGUCAAAGUAUCUGAUUUUGGAAUGUCAAAAUUCGUGGAUACCCAAACUAUGAUGAAGACAUUCUGUGGGACUCCAAUGUAUGUUGCUCCUGAGAUUCUGUCAACCCAUGGACGCAGUUCUUACACAAAUCAAGUUGAUGUGUGGAGCUUAGGAGUGAUAUUAUACAUUUGUUUAAGUGGCUUGGCUCCCUUUAACAAUAAUACUCUAGUAGAACAAAUCAUAGGGGGAAAGUACGAAUUUCGACGCGCACAUUUUCAAAACGUAUCGCAAGAUGCGAUGAAAUUGAUUAAACGUAUGAUGACGGUAAAUCCGAAGGAACGUAUAACAAUGUCAUAUAUCUUGCUGGAUCCAUGGUUAAGAGACAUUCCUAUGCGACGAGAAGUUUAUAGACUGAUAUCAGGCAAAGAAAACAAUGAGAAUGUGCCUCUAAAUACUUACAACAAACGUCCGCGAACUGCGGUUUGAGAAAAAAAUCAUACUUUGAGCAGAGUAAAGUACAAAAUAAAUGUCAUUCCGCGAGUAAGCGAUAAAGGAAUAUCUAGUGUCCUUUUGAGUUGUCUUAUCGUCUCAUUUACGUUGUGAUACGUGGAUACAUUACCACUUUAUUGCAUAGACUAAUUUCCAUGUAAAAUACGGUCUUUGAAUAGAUUUUUGAUACAGAUUUAAAUGCGGAGAAUCUUAUUAAGUUUGUAAAGACUGUUUCCUAUGUACAAAUAGAAAGUACAAAUAUAGUACAACGUUUAAUAACAUUUAAACAUUUAAUUACAUUUGUUCCAUUUGAUUAUAAUUGCAAUUAUAAU